AUGCUUACACGACUACCAAAUGAACUUCUUGAUGUUGUACUUGGGAGACUAGAGUACGAUGACCUCGACACACUCUCGACCCUAGAGUCUCUUCGACCAAUUGUUCAGCACCACCUCAACCAACAUUUUCAUUAUCAUUGCACGAUUGCGUCUCUGCUGCGCUCAUUCGAAUCCCUUGGUGUGGAUGAACGUCGGGACCAUGAAAUGCGGAGUGGAUUAGCAAUGGAGCUCCUGCAGUUCAUUUGUCAUAUCGUAGAGAAUCACGAACAGCAAAACAGGCAGACAACAUUCACCGAUCUUCUCGACACACUACAGAAACUGGUUACACGCCGGAUUCUUUCUCCAGAUCUCCAAGUCGGAUUAGAGCAGGAUUAUGCUUCACUUUGUCUGGAAGUUCGAAGGACUUAUAUGCACACCCCGGCUAUACGGGUACUUCAUGACUAUAAAUACCGCAGGCGUAGUACUAAAUACCCAUUGGCCCCUUUCUUACCUCGGGACUAUGCAUGGUUGUGGCGGGCCCAAUGUGCAAAGGUGUCUGAGCUAUUGAAAACGAAUGAUUACCGGGCAUGGGCUAGCACACGGGAGGUCCAUGUGCGAUUUGCUCACUUUUUUGGAUGCCUGUUCGAAGUUACGAGUCUUUAUUUGGAAUCGAACAUCAGUGGCACGUUUGAGGAGUGCGUGGGCGAGGCUCUUGUGAGUGGAAAUGUCGAGAGUCUGUUGGUGUUGUGUGUGGCAGCAGAAAAGCCAGUUGACGUGGACGACAUGUGCAUGAUGGUAACCCAGGCUGGAGAAGAGUUUUGGAGUUAUCUGGACACAGUAAAUGUCUUAUUUCCACACGCAGAACCAGCCACAACAACAAUGACAACAGUAACAGCAGAAAUAAAUACAAAUACAGUAAUAACAGGAGCAACACCAGGAGUAACGCCAGGAGAUGCUAGUAGAGAAGAGGAAUUAAUGGCAGGAGGAUCAUUACUUGUACCGGCAAUCGUGUCAGCCGCAGCAGCGCUAUCAGCAAUAUCAGCAGCAGAACAAGCAGCGGCAGCAAGAGCAAGAGCAAGAGCAAGAGCAAGAACAAGAACAAGAGCAAGAGUGAUAACAAGGGAAACACAACCUCAAUCAUUACACGAGCCACUUGAGCCACUUGAGCCACUUGAGCCACACGAGCCACACGAACCGCUUCCUGAUUGGAUGAUCGCUGACCGGUACAAAGUAACUGCAGAUGCCAGGUUGCGUCUCAAGUUGAUGAAUGGAUUGUUCAAUAAAGGCUGGCAUUGGUUCAACUAG